GUUGGAAGGCAAAUGUUGCAAGGGAGUGUUGUUCCUGGUGUUGGACUGGUUAUGGGUCACGGAGCUGGAGUUGGAGCUGAACCUGACACUGAAACCAAACUCUAUAUUUCUAACUUGGAUUAUGGUGUUUCCAACGAAGAUAUUAAGCUGCUGUUUGCAGAAGAGGGCGAGUUAAAGAGAUACUCCAUACAUUAUGACAAGAGUGGAAGAUCAAAGGGGACAGCAGAAGUUGUCUUUGUGAGGAAGUCUGAUGCUCUAGCAGCCAUGAAGAAAUACAACAACAUGAAGCUUGAUGGGAAACCAUUGCAAAUUGAGCUUGUUGGAACUACCGUCGUACCAGCUCCUGAUGUUAUACCUGUUGUUCAAAAUAGCAUAUUGGGAAAACCAAGUAACUUCUUUGUAUGUGGACAAGGAACGGUCGACGAUAGAAGUUUCCAGAAUGGCAUUUUAGGUGACUACCAUCGAACAAUCCAGAAUGGCAUUUUAGGCGACUACCAUCGAAGGGGCCUUAGUGACAGGAUUGGAGGGAAGAUCCCUAUUGGAAGGAGGGUGUCUUCUAGAGAUCUUGAUGAUGAUUUGGAGAGGUAUAACCAACGUCCAAGAGGUGGUCCAAGAGGCAGAGGCCGCAGAGAAAGAGAAACAAGGGACCAAAAUAAUGGAAAGCUAUCUCGUAAAGAUCUUGAUGACGACUUGGAGCGGUAUCGCAUGGAGGCUAUGCAACUAAAAAAGAAAAAUCCAAACUGAUGUCUGUGUUUAAUAGCUAGAAUGACUAAACAGCUCUGGUUCUAAUUUCCAGUAAUAGAUAUGCAAUCUUACUUUUGCUAGUGUAAAUAAAUAUAUUAGACUGCUGUUUCUACACUUCGUUUCAAAACAUUUAACA